AUGCAGAAAAUUAAAAAUUAUAUAAGCAGACUCCUAAACGACGAUCAUGUGUGCUUUGAUUAAUCAUACUAAUUUAUACUAUUUGUUCGGAUGUUUUAAUUUCUGUAAUACUUAGCAAUUACAUUAUAAGAAAUUAAUGAUAAUGAAAAAUAGGUUGAUGGGCAUUUUUCAAUUUUCUUUCAAAUUCUAAAGUUGUCCAUAUUGGAUAUUAAUUUUCUUCCAGAUUAUAUUGGAUUUAUUACUACUUUUGUAAACAUUGGUGUGUUGGUCCUAUUCAUAUUAUAAAUGGCAUAUUUUAAUAGAUAAUUAGUAUUUUUGACGAGAGGACUUAUAGCCUAUUUAGCUUUAUUACCUCAGAUAAUGUGCUUUUUAUUUGUGUCAUCUAGUUUUCGGUCUUUUAUUUUGAAGGAAGAGACAAACAUAGUCCUUUACAUUUGGGCAAUAUGUGAUGUUAGUUUGAUAUUUAGCAUAUCUAUGAUUUCAUGCAUUUUAUUUAGAAACAUAAGCUUUAAUCAAUCAACUUACACAAGAGAUCAAAGUUAAUUGAAAAUAGUUUCUUAGAUUUUUUAAUUUGUCACAUAAAUAUUAUAUUUUUAUGACGAUAGAGAAGAAAUUUUAAUACUUAAAUAACUUUCAGCUUUAAUGUGGAUAGGACUGGAAUAGAUUGAUAUAUAUUUAUAUAUGCCUUAUAGUUUAUAUGAUAGCAAAUUAAUAUUUACAUUAAAUUAAAUAAAGUUCGGAUGUAAUUUGAUUAAUUUAAUUUUGAAUAAUUUGUCUAAUAUUAUAGAAACAACCUUUUCAUAAUACAUUUAUUAUUUUAUAUUUUCAUCAAUGUGUUUUUACUUAGGUGAAACAUUUUAUUAGAGAUUAUUUUAUGCGAAAGGAUUAGAUACUUUUACUAAAUCAAGUGAAAAAGACUAGCAUUUAUAAAUAAAAGUGUUGAGAUAGUUUUAAAUUUAAUCUCAAUUCACACUAACUUAAACUGAGAAGUUAUUGCAAAUAGGAAUGGUGAAUUAACAUAUCAUUCACUGUAAUAAAUAGUGCAGAGUAAUUAAUUUAUUUAUUUAAAUCAGUCUCAAGAUAGUUCUGAUGUAAUCACAUGCAUUGUCAAUUCUCAAGUGUCAAAUAAAGAAGAUGAAAAUCUAUUUUUAUUUAAGAUUUAAUAUUUGGCAUUCCAAAACAAACAAUACUCUUAAAGUUUAGCCAGGAUAAAACAUUAUUAAAUUAAAUAUAAAUAAGAAUUAUCUUGGUAUUUCAACUUAGUAUAAAUUGAAAUAUCAAAUAAACUCAGUUAAGAAAUAACAAAAAAGCAAUAUUCCAAAAUACUGCAAUAAAAUUCAUCAUUUGUUAACUUUACUUCUGAUGAUUUAGUUCAUUUAGAUGUUUAAUCAGAUAUACUAAUACCUAUUAUUAGAAAAACUCUUUCAGCCAAAUUAGAUGUUUGGAAGAAAUAACUAAAAGGAUUUUCAUCUGUUAAAUAAUUAUAGUAAGAGUUAGUGAAGUUAGCUUAGGAAUUAGAGUAAUUAAGAAUUAAAUUCAAAUUGAUUAUAAAUAGAGAUGUAUACGAAGUAAAUAUCUCUUAAGUGAAUAAUUUGUAUCAUUUGAGAAUGUUGUCUUUAUAUUAUUCAAUCAUCAUGAACGAUUAAUUGCAUUCAUUUUUAUGCGAAAAACAAUACUAUUUAAUCUACAGCUAUGAGCAAACCUUACAAUAGGAUUAGUUAAAUUCAAUUGCAUUAGUAUUAGAUAAAGUUUCUAUUGUAACUGUGAGCUUAGUUCAGAGUUUAGGAUCUAUAUUAAAUGCCAACAAAUAGCAAUUAGGACAUAUGUUUAAUUACAAGAAAGUAGAAGAAUUCUAAAAUAUUGUCCAUCUAAAUUAAUUAAUGCCUGAUUUUAUGGCUGAAUCACAUAACUCAAUGUUGGAGAAAUUUUUAAUCAAAGGUGAUUCUCCUUUUAUGCAAUAAUUUCGUUUGAUUUUUGGUAAAACAAAAGACAAUUUUAUAUUCCCUUUGUAUCUGAAACUAGCUAAUGACUUUAGUUACCAGGACGAUUAUGUCAUAAAAGGCAUAUUUUUCUCAGGAGUAAAAAAAUAUGAUUAUCUAUUAUUUGACAGCAAUGGAAAAAUAUUGGGUGUAACAAGGUAAGUUUAUUAUGAUCUGUUCACUAAUAACAAUAAUAAAAAUCAACCAUCAGAACUUACUAUAUUAUAAGAUUAAUGCUUCCUUUAUUAUUUUAUGCCUGAUUUAUUUGACAUUGUGAAAAGAUUUCAAUAAAGACAGAAGGAUGUAUUUGACAAUAUAAUUUUUUCAGAAGAUACAAUCUUUAUCUCUCACAAUGAAAUAAAAGAGUUUCAUGAUAAAUUCUAAUAGCAAAUGAGAUUCAUUGUUAAUGACUUUGGAAAUAUCAUGAAUUUUAAGAAAAAGCAAUCGUUAUAGAGUAUUAAGAUAUAAUAUUAAAAGUUCGUGCGAGUACAUUAUAAACUUCAAAGGACAUUAACCCUAUCUUAAUUGAAUUAAGUUUAUUGAAUGAAACUUAUGCUAAAGCAGUAAAGGAAUAUAUAAAUCAAACGGUAACAUUAAAAAGUAUUCAUUAGGUUACAUCAUAAAAAACUUGUUUUGUGAGAUUUACAUUGUAAUUCUAAAAGUAUUAAAAUGAUGGAUACUAUAUCAUGCAAAUAUCAGAUUAUAGAAAACACAAUUUUGGAGAAUUAGCCACUGAAUUAUUUGCUUUGUAAGAUGCUGAUUCUACAAUGAAAAAAUCCACUUUGAGACAUUUGAAGGGUAACUUUUUAUAAGUAUAUAAAGAUUUAAUAAUUUCCAAACGGAGAUAUGGUGACAUUUAAGCUUUUUCAACCAUUAAAAAAAAACGUUAAAUGUAUUCUAGAUAACUGGCUUCAGUCAACUAAUCUGAAAUGCUAAUGACUCAAUAAUUAUCCUCAAUUGUUUAAACACCAAAGGCUUGUUUUUUUAAACCUGAAAUUGCAUUAAAUUCUGAAAUGGAAUCAGUUUAAGAAAUUAGAAACUCCAGUUCAGAAGAAUCCAAAUUUUUAGAUGAAUUUUUAUCAGAUGACGAGUCAAAGAAACAAGGCUAAAAGAGGGAGAAAAGGAUAUAAUCAUUUAGCAAGACAAAUAAUUUUACUGAAAAUGAACAAAAUCCAAAUUAAUCAUAACAUUCUAGUGCAAUAUCUAAAGCAUCCAAUAAUUAGUCAUACUUUUUUUAAAUUGUAUUUAAAUAAAAGGGAUAAUUACCAAAAAAUAUAAUUAUCUUAUGGAUUAUUGUUUAUUGUAUUAAUUUAAUCAGUGUUGGAGGAUUUAGUUUUACAAACUACCAUAUCAUUUCUAAUUACUAUUAAGAAUAAUUAUAAUCUGAAUAAUUUAUGGGACCUCUUAAAUUUAAUAGAUAUUUUUGUAAGACUUUAUCCAUUAGUUGGAAUUUCAUUUUAACAAAAUACAAUAUAUUGAAUAAUAGCCAGUAUUCAAAUUAAUAAAACCUAUAUUAAUUUAGUUUACUUGAUUAAUUCGUUUUCUCUAAUCUAUCGUAAUUAUAUCCAAUAUUUCUCAAAAUGGAAUAGGAUGGGACAUUAUCAAAUAUGACUUUAACAUAUAAUAUGAAAAGCUCAGAGAGUGUUGAAUUCACAAGAUUAUUUAACUUUUUAGAAGAGGUCAUCCAUUAUCUGGUUUAAAUUAGUUAUUUUGACAAGGAGAGCUUUCUAAAUUUCGUUAACAAAGAUUACAUAGAUAAGGCAUUAAUCAUACAAUACAACCUACCAGAAGUAAUUGACAUCAAUAACGAUCUAAUGAAUUAACUAAAUAGGAAUUCUCUUGACAAAUAGGAAAUUGAAAGUUCGAUUUUUGUAGUUGAACACUUGAUUCAUACAGUAAUAAUCUUCUUUGUUAUGCUCAUACAAUUGUUUUAAUGGAAUAAUAUAGAGUAAUAAAAUAGAAAUUUGGCAUUGUUGGUUGGUAGGAUCAAGGAUAAUGAAGUGGAAAAUGAAAUUUGUAAGAAUAAUAUCUAUUAUUUAAAGAGAGAGCUUAUACUAUUUAUAUCGCACUGAAUAUUCAAGCUGGUGAAGAUUCCUGGAAGCGUUAUAAUUAUUAUAAUUAUGGAUUUCAAUAAGACGCAUCUGUUUAUUAGCCAAGGCAAAAAUUAAGUAUUAGUUAGAAAUUGCAAUUUGGUUAACAAAUUUAAAAAAGCGUAAGGAAUUUUAAUACUAAAAUAAAUUUGUUUUCACAUUUAAUAAAAAUAUUAGUAUUUGUAUUGAUAUAUUAAGCAUAUCUAUGGGGAGGCUACUCAUUAUCUAAAAGCCAAAAAGAUAGGCUAUAACCAUUAAAUAAUUUAUUAGUAGAGUUUGCAUUGUUCAGUACUAAAAUUGACAAUUUAGCAAGCACAGCCUUAAUAAUAAAGACCUAAUUUUUAAUAUAAGAGAAAUUAAAAUAAGAAGGAUUAUUCUUGGAAAAAGAUCUGAAUGAUAGAGAGGAAAUAAUAGAAUUAUUCAACACUAUCUAUAAUGAGAUAACUCAAUCUUUUGCUUAACUAUAUGAGCAAUUAAUUAAAGAUUUAUAAUUAGAAUAUUCAAUCAAAGAAGCUUAAGGUUUAUUACAUUAAGAUAUUUGUUUAUUUAUGAGUUCACUAUUGCCCUUUUGUGAAUUGAAAUUGAAAUAAAACUAGUAAGAUUUUAUCAAGUAGUAUGGUUAGUAUUAUGCAUAAGAUGAUAAUUCUGAUUAUUUAUCUUAAGGCAUUCUUUCUUUGGUAACACAAAUGCAAUAGUUUUAUAAAUAAAAUUUUGUUUUUGAAACUUAGUUUGAAGAUAAAGAAUUAAGCUAAGAUGAACUUUAGAGCUUUUUGAAUAGUUAGGAAUUUAAUGUUAUUAUAUUAAGCCAUUUUAGAGAUACUUAUUAAUGUUUUAUUAUUUACUUAGAAUUAUUAGAAGAUAAUAUAUAUUUGAUCAGAAGUAAAAAUUUGUCAAGUGUGCUAAUCUAUUAUGACAUAAUUAUAAUCAUGUAUUUGGUUAUUUUUUAGAUUUAUUAUUCAUAUUGGAUAGGGAAAAAUGUGAAAGUGAUGAGGAACAUCAAAUUGGCCUUAAUUGCAAUGCCACAUUUUCAAUUGACAAGUGACCCUGUUAUUAAUAUUUUGAAAAGAUAUUAAUGA